ACAGUCGGUCAAUUCGCGACUCCUCCGAUAUUACACGUGAACGAUGCGUUUCAAGCGACAUACAAAAAAAUCACACAGCUGCUCUGCUCCUGCUCCACUGCCCACCAUUCACCUCCGCUCCUUCUCCAGUCCUAAACCCCAAUUGAAUGAAACAGAGAACUUGGCCGUCCAAAUCGGACGGUCAACCUCGUUUCACCGCUUUCCCUUUCGCCAACAAACAGACUCGUCCCCCGAAAACCCCCUCCAUUUUUCAUUUCCAAGUCAGUCUAAGUUCAUCAUCAUCGUCCAAGUCUAAUCAGUACCAUCACGAUUUUUCUCAACUUCCAUACGAUGUUCUCUUGAAAAUUGCGGCCAAUUUUACGCUGCCGAAUUUACGAGCAGCUUCACUAGUGUGCAAGUCUUGGCGUGAUGCACUUCGACCCUUAAGAGAAGCUAUGCUUUUUCUGAGAUGGGGCAAGCGAUUUAAGCAUGGCCGUGGAGGGGUUAAAUCCAAUUUAGCUAAAGCGCUUGAUUCUUUCCUUAAAGGCGCCGCGCGUGGAUCCACGCUAGCUAUGGUCGAUGCUGGCUUGGUUUAUUGGGAGAUGGGGAGAAGAGAAGAAGGGAUGUCUUUGUAUAGAAAGGCUGCUGAACUUGGUGACCCUGCUGCUCAAUGCAAUUUGGGGAUUUCCCUCUUACAAGCUAAUCCUCCGGAUCCUGAGGAAGCUGUUAAAUGGCUGUAUAAAGCCUCUGUUGCUGGCCAUGUUCGAGCUCAAUACCAACUAGCACUUUCUUUACAUAAAGGUCAUGGCCUGAAUAGUAAUCUCCAGGAACCGGCGAAGUGGUAUUUGAGGGCAGCAGAAGGUGGAUAUGUCCGUGCUAUGUAUAACACUGCAUUAUGCUACUCGGUCGGAGAAGGUUUAAUGCAGUCUCACAAACUAGCAAGGAAAUGGAUGAAGAGAGCCGCUGAUCGAGGUCAUAGCAAAGCCCAGCUUGAGCAUGGGCUGAGUCUGUUUUCUGAAGGGGAAAUGAUGAAAGCUGUGGUGUACUUGGAACUUGCCAGCCGUGCUGGUCAGGCGGCAGCUGACCCCGUGAAGAACGUCAUACUUCAACAGAUGUCCAAUUCUUCUCGUGAUCGAGUUAUGCUUCUUGCCAAUAAUUGGCGUGUUUUACCUUCAUCCCACUGAUACACUGCUAUUGUCAGCUUCCUGCAGCCUAAUCAAUGUCUCACUAAACUUCUUGGAGUUUAAGUGUAAUACUAUAAGAUUUUUUUUUCCCGCAAUUGCAUGUUCCUGAGUUCUGUGAGACUGCAAUAAUUGAUAAGAGGGUUUGAGCCAAUGCAACCCUAUUAACAA